AUGAAAAUUUUUUAUUCAUUGAUUCUAAUUUUAUUUACAAUUAAUUAUAUUAACGCAAAUUGUAAUUGUAUACCAAUCGGAGAAACAUGUAAAGAUGGUGAGAUUUGUCAAGACAUGGGAUUUUGUGGAACACCAGGGACCGCAUCUUCUAACAGCCAAUCGAUUUGUGUUAGUAGAGUAGAUGUUGGAGAGCCAUGCUUUGUAGAAGAUAAUUGUUAUGUAGGCUUAUCUUGUUAUAAAAUAAAUUCAAAUGACACCAAAGGAGUUUGUUCGGAAAUAAAAUAUGCUUUAAUUGGAGAACCAUGCGAAAAAAAACUUGAUUGUAUGUCAGAUUUAUCAUCUUGUGUAAAUAAUAUAUGUACUCUUAAUAGACAUGUAGAUGUCUGUGGUGAAGAUAUAGAUUGCGAUAUGGGUUUAGAAAUUUGUGUUAAUAGUACAUGCCAAUCACCAACAAAAUUGGGAUCAGCUUGUAAAGCAAGAGAUAGUACCUGCAAUAAACUUGAAGGUUUCUGUGCAGCCCCUGCUGGAAGUGAUGAUGGUAUUUGUAAAAAGUAUUUCUCUCUUCAAGAAGGUGAAUAUUGUUAUUCAGGUGAUUAUGAUUAUCAAUGUGAUAACACAAAGAACUUAUAUUGUAAUAAUAUAAAUAAGAAAUGUCAAGUUUAUAGUUUCAUUAAACCAGAUAUUGAAUCAUGUGAUAGUUCAAAUCAAUGCAAUGCCCAUCUUAAUGGUACAUCUGCUGAAUCCAUUUGUGGUUGUGGUAGAUGUAUCGAAUACCAACUUGUUAGUUCAAAUGAGCGUCAAAUUAUUACCGAUUUAUUCACAUGUGCCUCAAUUAAUAAAUGUGGUUUACAUUCUGCAAUUACUGCUAAAGGUUGCAUUAGAACCAAAUGUGCCAAAGAAUUUUGUGAUUACAAUCGUUUAAAUACCAAGUUUGAUGGUUGUGGUGGAUAUACAGCCGUUUUAUCACAGUUAAAUUGUGAUGUUAAUAACUCAUUUAAAUUAUUACCAUCUCUUUCAUUUUUAAUUUUACUUUUUAUUUAUUUAUUAUUUUAA